UCACACACACUCUCUCACUUCCCCUCUGCUUCUAACCACCUCCAUACUGUCCUCAGGCUUACCUGAGCCACAACUGCAGAAGAGCUGGACCCCCUCCUCCACACACACACAGACACAUACACACACAGACACACACAUGCACACACACACACUCUCUCUCCCCACACACACACACACACACAGAAACUCAGCUUUUCACCUGGAGAGGGCAGACGCAAGGGACAACAUGUGCAGCAGUAGUGGCAGCAGUCUCUCUUAACAUCAAGUGCUGCCUCUGUGAGUUGCUUCUCUGCUGACAGUGGAGAGGAACUCUGAAAAGACAUUUUGGAGCCAUUGUCCCUUGGCAAACGCAGGAGAGACAGGGGCAUUAAGGGAUAACUUGCCAAUCCAGGGACACCAAAGGCAACACACAGGAUGAUUUUGGGAGGCAUAAACCGGGUCGGGGGAGCGGUGCCGACGUUCCUGCGGACGCCCACAAUGAUCCAGCCCCACCUAGAUAUGAAGCCCUUCCUGCAGUUCCCCAUGGAGACCCCACCUCCCCCACACAGCAUGAGCCUCUUCCACAACUUCAGCACGAUGGACCCGGUGCAGAAGGCAGUCAUCAACCACACCUUUGGAGUUCCUCUGGUCAAAACCAAGCGGCCGGUCAUCUCUUGUAACGUCUGCCAAAUCCGCUUCAACUCAGAGAGCCAGGCAGAAGCACAUUACAAAGGAAAUCGCCAUGCCAGGAGAGUCAAAGGCAUCGAAACCUCCAAGAGUCGUCCUCAGGAGGGGGACAAGCCUCAUACUGUGCCCCCUACCUCCCCGUCUCCGCCUGGAGCCCUGAGCUCUGUCUCAGACAGCGAACCCAGCAAAGCAGAUGAAACAUGGCCUUCACAGUUAAAUGGUCCCCAGCUGGCCCCGGGGCCCCCUCCACCUCUUACCACCCCACCUACCCCACCCAUGGACUCCCCUGUGGCAUCAGUGUGUCCCCUCCUGUCUACUCAAACUUCGCUCUUGAUCCCCCCUUCCUCCACCUCCCCAGGCUGUGGCAGUGGCAGCACCUGCACAGAGCAGACUGGAUCCGGACCAGGAGCCACGGGCACAUCAGUCUCCAGCAGCCCGUCCAUCCCAGAGACAGAGGAGGACAAGGCCAAGAAGCUGUUGUACUGCUCACUGUGCAAGGUGGCAGUCAAUUCCUUGUCACAGCUGGAGGCCCACAACAAAGGUACCAAACAUAAAACUAUUCUGGAGGCACGGAGUGGGCUGGGCCCCAUCAAAGCGUAUCCUCGCUUGGGCCCCAAACCCAGUGGAGAGCAGGGAGGGGGGCCGGUGGACCCCAACACUCAGGAACGAACCUUCCACUGUGAGAUCUGCAAUGUGCGGGUCAACUCUGAACUGCAACUCAAACAGCACAUAUCAAGUCGAAGGCACCGGGAUGGUAUGGCAGGCAAGCCUAACCCCCUCCUCAGCCGGCACAAGAAGCACAGAGGAGCUGAUUUGACGUCUUCUUUGACCUUCUCCAAGGAUCUCACCAAAGCUUUGGGGGCAGGACUAUUGCCCAGCCCCUUGGCUGUUGCUGCAGCAAUGGCUGCCGCAGCUUCCUCAAACUCCUUGGCGCUCCGUGCAGCUGCUGCCGGGUCUCACCCACACCAUCACCUAUUGCAAGGCCCGCCUCUCAGCCACGCCAUCCUAAGACCCGCCCCGGGGCCCAUCCGCACCACCCACGGGCCAAUUCUCUUCUCCCCUUACUGACACAUCACCUACUGACUUGGGCCAGUCAAGAGAGCAGCCACUCCAAAAGCACACUGUGAAGAUACAAACAUGAUCAACAAGCAAUGGAUAGAGGAAAAAUAAAUCCAAUCAUUUAAAAGUCAAACUGAAAGAAAAGCAAGGGAAAGGCGCAGCAGAAAGGAGUAGAAGUUGUCUCUCUCUUUUUUUUUCCCUUUACCUGGAACUCGUCCUCCAUUUUAACAACUCCUGGGUGAUCUGCAGCUGGAGUGAGCCGAGGAAAGAUAUUGAUUAUGCAUUGAACUCCCUUGUACAUCUCUCACCUCUCGCGGUCCCACUCCCUUGCACAGACCUUUCUAUAAACAUUAAACCAUAUGUAGUGUUACAUAAUUAUUCUGGGCCAGGUUGGCUUCCUUCAGUCAUGAUGGCUCAGUUUGUUCUUCUCAUCCUAUGCACCACAAAAACCAAGACAAUGAUGUUCUGUCAGUAGGGUAGCUGCUUCCAUGUGUCACAUGUUGCUGUGGUAGCCUCCGCAGUACUGUACGUGUCCCCCUUUCUUACCCCGGAGGGCAGCAUGUCUUCAGUUUGCGACACUGUAGGUUCUCACAAGAUUGGGCAUGACUUGGGCUGACAGGCAGGUGGUAGCCGUUGUGAUCGUGUCUGAUGCUUGUGAGGGUUUAGAGAGCAGGGAAGUGACCGUGGGAUUGCUCUCACUGUCAUUUCCUGAGAGGGUGAGGUGAGCAGAGGGCUGGCACAGGUCAGUGGAUGAAUUGACCCCAGGCAGCAUACAGACACACAGGAACUAAUGAAUCUGUGUUUUAAAAUAGACUGUAUCAACAAACAUCGCUCCAGGGCACAUCUGCCAACCUUCAUAAUACUCAGAGGAGGACCUGAUGAGAUGAUGGGAGAAACGGCAGCAUUCACACAUCGGUAGCCUGUACUGUUAUAUUUUGAUACAUGAUCACUGUCUGUAGCUUAGGUCGACGAUAUAAGAUAAUGUGAUUUUUCUCACUGUAAUGAGAAAUAACAUACUGCAAAACCUUCUAGGUAUUUGAUGAAACCUCCAUGAAUUUAUCAAAAAUAAUUUAUUGACAUUCUUAUCAUCUCCCUGGUCUUCAUCCAAAGAUUGAUUCACUACUUAGGUGGGGAGGUGACCCUGUGUGUGACCCUGUAUGUAUUGUGUUUCUGCAUGCAGCUUCAAAAUAAGGUCCUGCAGGGUCAGGGUUCUGCAUCACAGCCUCCUCAUAGCGUUCACCUCCUCCGUCCCUGCUCUAUUCUCCUCACCUCAUCCAUUCCCAUAGGUUCAUAUGAAUCUAUGGUAGAGGGCACAUCGGCAUUGGCACCAAUUAUGCUGAAAGGGAACAAAUUAAAGCGCGGGGGAUGAAAGCCAAGCCAAAUAUAUUCUUGGAGAGAUGAUCUCGAGUCAGAGUGACAACCGAGUCGCAAGCCCAGCGAGGCCACGAGCAGCAGAGCCCGAGGCAUCUAUCAAUACUUCCUGUCUUACAACUGAAAGCCAUGAAAUGCACCAUGAUUUGUUUUCUUAUACAAAGUCUGGUGAGCCGUUGUUGUUUUUUGUUUGGUUUGGACUGUUUCUUUUUAUGUCACACAUAAAAUAGGGGAAAAUAAAUAACAGUAAUAAUAAUGAUAAAAAAAAAAUAUAAAAAAUAUUUUUGUAGGUAGGAAAUGUUAAUAACUGCAUCAAUGAAGGUAAAAGCAAAAAUGGUUUGAGAUUAUUAUUGGUCAGUGGAUUGCCUCCAACACACAGGCAAACCCACUGACUCAGCAGGGAGCCACAGAAGCUACAGUAUAGUUAAGUGGCAGCAGACCUUGUCUUGCUCAACAGCUUGAAACUAUCGUCCUUUCUCUGAACAAGAUAUACACUGUGCCCUUUCAUUGAGAAGCAAUGAGCUCUAAUGUCUUACCUUUGUCUGAAUAUUGCAAUGCAAUGAGCAAUUUUUAUCAAAGUGACUUGUUAUCAUUGUGACAUGUUGUGACAUGUUGUCUGGAGUCGUGUAAACUGGGAGCAUGCCAGCUGACAGACUUUUCUGUUCUUCCACGAGGAGUGCAAACUCUUGAAGGGACUGAUGGAGAGAGAGAGACAGAGAGAGAGAGAGAGAGAGAGAGGGAGGUGAAGCUGGGCGUCUAGGUACAGACCCUUCAUAUUAAAGGGCCUUUUUACUAUGGUAAUCUCUGGUUGGGGAACAGGGUUCAACACCAGGUAUCAAGGAAUUAAUGGUAGAUACGUUCAGCAGGCUUUUUUUUUUCUUUUUUUUUAACUUACUGACUUGCAUUUUGUUUUUUCUGUGUGAAAUGUGUUUAUGUGGAAAUCAUGAGGAACAUUAUCAAUGCCAUUACUUAAAGAAGAUGCCGGCUUGUCGCCAGCGUCCACCGUUGUGCUUUUUUGUUUCUGAAUGAAACCUCGUUAGCAUUAGAGUUCAUUUUUGUUUGUGUGUGCGAUAAUAACUAUUCCAGGACCUGUGCUUUCUCUCUCCUGUUGGUACAGUAUGUGUACUUUGUGUAUUCCAGUGUGUGUUGGGACCAGCUCUCUUCCCCACUUUCCCAACAAUCAGAGACAGAAGCCACCUGGAGCUAAAGUGGCCUAACGUAAUAAUGGACACACAGAAAAAACCCCAGCACAGUUGGUCAAGGCAGAUUCAUCAACGAUGAAAUGAUCCAAUCAGACUUUCUAUCGGUGACCCAACGUAAUUAAAGUACAGUAAUCCUGUCUCUGGUAGAUUGGUCAAGUAGCAGCACCACAGAGUUGUUCAUAACGUCCUUAAUAUGCUCAAUCAGUGGUCAUUUCCAUAUUAUUCACACAUGGGAAAUAAGUGUUAGAUUCCUGUUUUCUGGACAGGUAUUUUAUGUUAGCUGUAUUUUGGCUACUAGCCUUAGCCUUAUUCUGGCCUCAGCCUCUCCCAGAGAAGGGAGCGACAGAACAAGUGAGAGAGAGAGAAAGAUAAAGAGGCUAUGGUGUAAUUCUGUCUUGCCAAUAAAGUUAUUUUUGAAUUUCAUUAUCACAGGGGACAAAGAGUUUGUAUGCCGAAUUGUAGCAAUACCUGACUCAUUCUGGCUACUCUUGUUUAUUGCAAUAAGAAAAUAAACCAAUAAAUGUGUAUGUGAGUAAAACAUUAUAAAUGUAAUUUAAAUGAAAAAGAAACUUUAUGGUCAAUACUGUUGGGAUCAAGCGAAACCAUGGUGAAAAAAAUAAAUGUCAAUAAAUCAUGAAA